GCAUUUCAAGGCUUGUCGCUGUUUGGGUCACUCGCUCUGCUAGAUGAUAAUUUUUUAUGAUUCCUCAGAGGGUUUUUUUCUUUUAAUUUGAAGUGGUUUGAAUUCAUCUGGAUUUCCUCUUUACAUGUCUGUAACGGUCAAGAAGUAAACUGUCAGCACUCCAGACAAGAUGGUGGGCAGGAAGGAUUUAAACGAUGCAGGAGCUCAUAACAGUAAUAAUGUAGAAUUUGAAAUGAAUUCAGACCUUGACGGAGCAGGUUCCUCUGCCAAUAGACCCCAAAAGUGUGCUGCUCUUCGUGAGUGCUACCAGUCAUGCACCCGGCCGUGCCUCGCAGAGUCACACCCGCUCCCCGAGAAUGCCAGCUGGCCCAGGAAGUGCUUCGACAACAUUCUAUGUCCCCCACACAGCAAAGCCGGGGCUGCCAUCUUUGUGGCAAUUGUCUUUGCUGCUGCGUGGACAACCGUCUACUCCAUGACUGGAAAAGAGGCUUUGCCUGGCGGAAACCUUUUUGCCAUGUUGAUUCUUUUUAUGGCCUGUUGGUGCGGAGGAUAUCUAGUUGGCUUGGUGCGUCUUCCUCCGUUGCUAGGAAUGUUGCUAGUGGGAGGAGUCCUUGGAAAUGCCCCUCAUAUCAAUGUGGCCAGAGAUAUAGAUCCUGUUUGGUCUUCUGGUUGCAGACAGAUUGCUUUAACCAUCAUCCUAAUUCGUGCGGGCCUUGGGCUGGAUCCGAAGGCACUCAAGAAACUUUCCUUUGUGGUGGUGAGGCUGGCAUUCAGCCCGUGUCUUGUUGAGACCAUCGUUGACGGCAUCGCGUCACACCUCAUCCUUGGACUUCCGUGGUCUUGGGGAUUUAUGCUUGGUUUUGUCAUUGCAGCGGUGUCCCCUGCUGUGGUUGUGCCAUCCCUUCUGAGCUUGUCAGAGAGAGGCUAUGGGGUGGACAAAGGUAUCCCCACACUUGUCAUUGCUGCUGCUAGCAUAGACGAUGUGCUUGCCAUUACUGGCUUUGGGGUCUUGCUUGGCAUUUCUUUCUCAAGUGGAAACAUUGUGUGGACCUUAUUCAAAGGUCCCAUUGAAGCUAUAGUUGGUGUGCUGUAUGGCAUUGUCGGAGGCUAUAUCAUUUGGUACAUCCCACAGAAAUCUAGUAAACAUCUGAUCCUGUUCCGAUCCACUUUACUUUUGCUCUUGUGUAUGAUGGCCAUAUUUGGUAGCAAAAUUCUGGACUGGUCUGGGGCUGGACCUCUGGCUGCCCUGUCUCUGCCGUUUGUGGCUGCACUGAAGUGGCGCAAAGAGUAUGCGGAGGGUGUGAAGAAUCCUAUUGAAGACGUUGUGGGUGUUCUUUGGAUGAUUUUCCAACCCUUGCUUUUCGGGCUCAUUGGUGCUGAGGUCGAUAUAUCCAGUCUGGAUGGUGACACUGUGGGUCUGGGUAUAGCUGUUCUAGCUAUAGGACUGAGUCUACGUGUUGUCGUGUCCUUCCUGGCUGUGUUUGGCACCGACCUUAACCUGAAGGAAAGGUUUUUCAUACCAUUUGCCUGGCUGCCUAAAGCUACAGUGCAGGCUGCUGUGGGUGCUGUUGCCUUGGAUACAGCAAAAGCAAAAGGUGAUGUUGAGCUGGAGGCCUUGGGAAAACAGGUGCUGAUGAUGGCUGUGCUGGUUAUUUUGAUCACCGCUCCUAUCGGAGCAGUCGGCAUCGCAUUGGCCGGGCCACGCCUACUGAAACACACCCCACGCUUCAACCUAGAGGUCAAAGCUGCAGAGGAUGACAGAGUAGGACGAGCGGCGAAGCCAGAUGGUAAUGGUGACCUUGAGUCAGCAAGCAGGCGACGGAACGGUGGAGAGCCGGCUGAUUCAGAUUCGCUUUUGGAUAAGAGAGAAGCUACAGUUUGAGCACAAGAACAAAGUUUGGGGUUGCCUGUCAUUUGAUGCAAGAGGUGCCAUCGCUUUGGAAAUUUGUGGAAUUUUUUGUAGAUUGAAUUCUCUUCCAGAUUUUUGUUUCUUUUAUAGUGAUAGAAAUCCCGAAUUUCCUGAAUUUCGGAAAUCUGGGAUGUUUUUCGAGACUUUUGGUUGUUAUAUUUUCCGUAAUGAAUGUGAUGUCAAUGCUAUUUUUUGUGUCGACAGUCUAGUUAAUGUUCUCAAGAAUGGCGUAGAAAUCGUGCCCCCAAAAAGUAAUCAUUCUGCAUCAGAUAAGCAGACCUGAGAACCAAGUACCAAGUUUUCUGAAAGCAAUGUAUUCAUAUUCUUUGACAAUGCUUGAAUUUCACUUAUUGAAAAAGGUCUGGGAGAAGAAAAUAAUUAAACUGACUUCUUCUGAUUGACUUCCUUUCCUGUUCAACAGUGUUUCAUGGUGAAGCUGAAUAAGGGUGUGGAAAUUCUUCAGUCUGAUCAUUUUAAUUUGUUCUGCUUAUUAUUUCUUUUUAUUCUGAUAUGUGUUUAUGACGGUUUUGUCUUACUUUCAGGGUUUAGUGUAAGAAAAAUAUUAUAAAUUUGUGUGGUAUUGAUACAGGGUACUUAGUUAUUUUAUUUGACUGGACUCGUGGAUGUUGCUUAUCAUCCUGUUUCUUUAAUGUUUGGUCAGGUUAAGAUGAAUAUCACAUGUUUACGGGUUUAUUUUCUCAGUCCACUGAUUAAGUGAACACAUAUGAACAUUUUUCAUACGUGUUCAUAAUAGUAUCUUAAACAUUGUUAUGUUUUUGUUCUGAUGCUCUUGCAAGGGUAAUUAAUAGAUUUAUGUCUAAUUCUUUAAAAAUGAAAUGAUUAUCAAGAGGAAAGAUCAAAGAGAUAAAAACUUAAACUUGUUAUUGUCUUCCAAUGAGCAAAAUUAACAAAAUCUAUAUUAUUUAUCUAGUCGAGUUCAUGGUGCUGUUUAAUGCACAAGCAAUUGUUUUUGUAUAGGAUUACUCUUUUUUUUCUUACUUGAGCUUGUAUGUAUUUUGACUCUUUUUACCCUCUUUGACAUUGACAUGUAUUUCAGGGUUUCCGUAUAUAUAUAUAUAUAUAUUUAUGCAAUGUGCAGCGAUAAGUGCAUACUGAACAGAAAAACGGCUCAGAAUUAUUUUGUUUGUACAAGAAUACCUCCAACAAUUUUGUCUGCUCAACGAAUUCGCCCUGUCCAGUUUUGAAAAUCAAAGUAGGCCUACUAGUCAAGUUAUCAUGACAUCAUUUUCUUUUUAAUCCUACUAUCAUAAGAGUUGUUUUAGCCGUAAUCAAAGAAUCAAAGCUCUUGUACACUUUUGUUUUUGUGUAAUUUGUAACGAAAAUUUUGUCUCUGUCAAGGUUUUUAUAACCGAAUAAAGAUGUUUGUUUAACAA